ACUGGAAGACAUAGGUAGUCAAAGUUGCGCCAAAUAGGAUUAGAUGUGUGUACCAUGUUAAGUGUCUGGUUUGGGAAAGUUUUCUGUUAUCAAUGUGAAGCAAGAGUCAUUUUUCAGAGCUCUCCCAAAUAUUUCCGGUGUCAAUAUAAGCAAUAAACAUUCAGAAAAAAAAAACCUAAGUCGAAAUUUUCUGUAUAGUCAGCCAAUUUCUUUCGAUCCGAGCAAUGACAACCAGUCCCAACGUAGCAGAAGUGGAUGAUGGGGAGCUGCCGAAACUGGAGGCGAUAAUCAGCGCGCUGAAGUGCGAGCAGACGGGUCACAUUAUGGAGGCGAUACUGCUCUACGAGGAGAGCAUCUUCAAGCUGUCCCAGAUGGCCGAUGCGGAGCCGUGUCGCCGCCAGCUGUGUGGGAAGUACUUGAAGAUGUACGAGGCGCGGGCCAAACAGCUGAGGGAUCAGGUCAAAGGUCACUUGCACACCAGCAGGAUGCUGGAUCACAUCACCAUCGAGCAGGGUGCCAGGGGCAGAAGCUACCAGCGGCUGUUUGGUCCGUACUUGGACGAUGCGGUACGGGAAGCCCAUCUCAACGAGCCACACCUCACGGAGCUGCCACACUUUAGAAAUUUGCUCAACUUUUUGGAGGUGCUGGUCAAGAACUGUCGCUAUCUAAAGUACAUUCGCCUCACUACGCGUCCAGAUGCGGCGGCGCCCAAGAAUCAGUUGCAGAUGCUGCAGCAAAUGCAGAGCGACCUGGCCGGUGGCAACAUCCAGAUGAAUUUCCAGAUGGACGACAGUCUGCACGAUCGCAAGAUCGUGCUUAGCUCGGGAGUGGUCAUUAAAAUUGGCCGUGGCCUUCACUACUUCGAGCCCAUGGAGGGCUCUUACAGUCUGGGUCUGUGCGAUUUCGAUUUUCGCAAGUGCCUGGCCACCGAGGUGGACAUCUGGAAGUGUCGUCCUUUUGCGAGGCGCCUUAAGGAUUCACAGGAGGGCGCGGAUCGACCGGAGGCACAUGCCUACUCCAGCGAUUAACAAAAAGUGAGAGUGUGUUUCCACACAGUCGAUGGAAAUAGGGUCAGCCGUCUUAUCAAAGCAGUAUUAGGAAUUCAAUAAAACCAGCAGGCUG